GGUAACAAAUUUAUGGUCUAAAAUGCCUGAACCUACGCCAGAAAUUAACCAGGAUGAAACGAAAGAACCAGAGCAAGAGGAAGGUGGAAUAGAUAAAGAGCAGGAUGGAGAAACGAAAACGGAGGAAAAGGAGCCAGCUGCUGACGAAAACAAAUCGAAAGAACCUUACGAUGCUAUGCGAAAUGAACCUUAUCUCACCAGCUUGAUCGUGGAGUCGUAUCUUGGAGAGAAAGAUGAGCGAGGAUUUUUCCAUGGUAUUGGAACUGCAUUUUUCCGAGGCAAUCAUGUUUACUCUGGUUCUUUUGUGAACGGGCUAAUGCACGGCACAGGACAAUACAUAUGGGCGAAUGGUAUUAAAUACGAUGGAGAGUUUAAGAACAAUGUCAUUGAAGGAAGAGGUGUGUACACUUGGACUGAUGAGAGCACAUACGAUGGCGAAGUUAACAGCGGCUUAAGACAUGGUCAAGGCACGUACGUUUGUGGUACAAUUCCUUCUUCAUACACUGGGGAAUGGAAAUACGGCAAACGCUCGGGAGAAGGUAUUCUGCGCUAUGACAAGGAAGGCCUGUCCUAUUAUGACGGGCAUUGGGUAGAUAACAAGCGCCACGGGUUUGGUAUGAGGAGGUAUGCAUCGGGGAACAUAUACAAAGGAGAUUGGAAGGACAAUGUAAGGCACGGUACAGGAACGAUGCACUGGUACAACAAGAAUGAGCGAUACGAAGGAGAGUGGAAGAAUGGGGUACAGCAUGGUCAGGGAGAACAUUCUUGGUAUCUGAAGCGUAUUCCUGGAUCUCAGUACCCACUGCGGAAUUAUUAUGUGGGGGAAUGGGUGAAUGGAUUGAGGCAUGGGCCUGGUACAUUUUACUAUGCCACAGGUGCUAAGUAUGUGGGAGAUUGGGUGGAAAACAUGAAAGAUGGUCAGGGCAAGUAUGUAUUCAAGAAUGGCUUGGUUUUCGAAGGUAAGUUUGAAAUGGAUCACAUGGUGGACUUCCCUGAACUAAACCCAUCUGGCAUGAUGACUCCUGAUAUCAUGAACUCAGGACUUCCUGUACGAUCUGGUACCCCAGUGCGAUCUGCAUCACCCUUUAUGACCCAAGAAAACUCUGGAAAUCCACUCAACUUGAGCAUUGAUCUUCUUCUGGAUGAGAGAGAUCUUGAUCUGUAUGAGCGUGAAGAGGAACUUCAACAAGUCACCCAUGUCCUCCUGCGACACGUCAGCAAACUGAAGAAGAUUUACAGUUUCUACUCUUUUCUUGGCAGACAGGAUUCUGUUGAUAACACAUUUGUCAUGAGUAGGCUCCAGUUCUGGCGUUUCUUGAAGGACUGCAAAGUCCAUCACUGUGGGUUUACAAUAUCAGAAUUAGAUCGCACAGUGGCAUCUGACAAAUCCAUUGAUUUACAUGAGCCACAGCAUGAGGUCCUGAUGCGAGAGUUUUUAAAUGCGAUCAUUAUCAUUGCCUACCAUAUCUACAGUGAUGAACACCAUGGACCGGAACCGCUGCUUCCCUGGUGUGUUUCACAGCUUAUCACUGAGAACAUCCUCAAAAAUCCUUGUAAAGUUGGUGGAAGCUUGUUUCAGGAUCCAACAAGAGCAAUUGAAGCCAUUAAAUACAUGCCACGAAGCUGGGACAUUUAUUGCGGGUUAUGUGUGCCAAACACACACUACCCUCAUGAACCAAUUUUCAGAUCCAGACAAUUCAUGUUCAUGCUUAGUGACUUUCGAAUAAUUAACUCUGACCUGAAUCCAAGGGAAGUGUUGCAGAUCCUUGCAAAGGAUAACCCAGAACUGGCGCAAGAUGAUUUCUGUAAUCUGGAGCUAGAGAUGACAUUCUUGGAGUUUUUUGAAGCCCUUAUUGACUGUGCCACAGUCUAUGUUACGGAGGCUGUCCUGAAAGGGCAUCUCUCACCUAAAGCCACCCCUCUUCCAUCUUCAAGAUCACAGAGUCCUGCAAGUUUUACACCCGCAACUUCAAAGCCUGGUCUGGAAAGUCCAGAUGAAGAUCAGUAUCAAACUGUUAACUCAGCUACUGUGACGCCAGGAGGAGGAGAGUCUCCUGAUCGUGUGUCCAGGGUCAUGUCUGGAGCAUCAGAAGCAAAGCUUCCUCAUCUUCCAUCAGCUGACUCACCCACAAAGAGCAGAGAGGCUGUUGCAGCACACACUACCUCUGCAAAAAGUACUGAUCUUCUUCCAAACUCUCAAGAAGGCAGCAAGAGAAUCCAUUCAGUUUCUUCCAGUGCAAAUGCAGCCCAUCCAUCCUCUGAGAUGGGAGAAUUUGAGGAAGGGGAAGCUGACAACCUUGCAGAGGUUCAAAGCCCAAGUCUUGGAAUCCAAGGUGAUCCCAGUCAAGUGGAUCUGCAGCCAGAUCAACAACACAGCUGGUGCCUACAGCUUGACAUCUUUUUUGAGAAGUUCUUUCAAGCUGCUGAUAAUUUAGAGAUGAUUAAGCAAGCCCAAGCGAAAAAGGCUUAAUUUAUCGCCGGAUAGGAUUGUCGGUUGUUGAAACUCCUCUGCACAGAUGUAGCAGUUUCUGAAGCAUACCAUAUAGAGUCUCACUUAUAAUGUUAUCGUAUAUUCGAGUGUUGGUAUAACAAGUUAAAUUACAAAGAAGGUUUUUUUAAUAAUUUUUUAACGGAUUGGGUCCACAACUGUUUGAAGUACCCAGCUACAUGUACGAUCGAUGCGACAUUUUUUUUUUGGCGUGAAAAAGCUGCAUUCACAAAAUGUUGUAUUUUAUAGCAUGUGAUAAACGAUGAAAUUCCAUACUUUGUGAGAUUUUUACCAAUGUAAGAUAGGGUUUUGGUUUUGGUGUGGCUGAGUUAGAGUUCGUAUGUUGUAGCCUGAAUUAAAAAAGCAUUAGUCUUACUUUAAA